CUUUAGAUAAUUGCAUGUAAGGCCAUAAAACCAGUUGAGUGCACAAGAAAGUGAAUCCAUUCAAAUUUAUUUGCAAGUCUGGGGGUUAUUUUUGUGGGACAAAAAUGCGUAUACGUGCUUCAAGAUAUAAAAUUUGCAUCACUGAAAGAACUUUUCAAAAAGUUGGACGCAGUCGGACGUAAAUCGCAACUUUAAGUGACCCAGCCUCGUUAAUUCAAAAGCCUGAAGUGCGCAGAGGUCGUUGUUCGAAGAAGAGACAUCCUGUCUCAUCACAGUCGGCAACUAGAUACUCUGAGUCGUAAACAUUACCGUUAUCAGCAAGUUAUAACGACGAAACUCUUCGCUGAAGACUGUUACAGAAUGGAAAUUAAUGUGUGGGGACUGGUUGCCAUAGUGAUUCUCUAUGUCGUCAUAUUCAUCAUUGGGAUUAUCGCCGGUCGUAAGGCAAAAAGGAAAGGCAAGCAGUUGGAUAGUGAGGAGCUGAUCCUAGCUAAUCGGAACAUCGGACCCUUUGUUGGGAUUUUCACCAUGACAGCCACAUGGGUAGGCGGUGGCUACAUCAAUGGUACGGCGGAGGAGGUGGUAAAGAAUGGUUUGGUUUGGUGCCAGGCGCCAUGGGGAUAUGGUCUGGCUCUGGCCGUAGGUGGCUUGUUUUUCGCCAAGCCGAUGCGAGAGAGCGGAUACAUCACGAUGCUCGACCCAUUCCACGAGAAAUAUGGCCCUGUAAUGGCGGCUCUUCUAUACAUUCCGGCUCUUAUUGGAGAUCUCCUGUGGGCCGCCGCUAUUCUGGCAGCAUUAGGGUCGUCGUUGACGGUCGUCAUUGGUCUGGACAAUACCAUUUCCAUUGUGGUCUCGGCCGCCAUAGCUGUCCUGUACACAUUAAUGGGCGGACUGUAUUCUGUGGCGUAUACAGAUGUGGCACAGCUCCUCUUCAUGAUGUUCGGGCUGGUCCUUGCCUUCCCCUUCGCUAUGAAACACGAGGCGGUGUCGGACAUAGCAGUGACAGCCCCUGACUGGUUGGGGUCUAUUGAUGUGGACAACACGGGCACAUAUCUGGACUCCGCCAUGCAGCUCAUCAUGGGUGGUAUCCCAUGGCAGGAAUACUUCCAGAGAGUAAUGUCGUCUAGGACAGCACGUCAGGCUCAGUUGAUGUCCUGCAUGGCCGCUUUUGGUUGCAUUUUAUCAGCUGUACCGCCGGCUAUUAUAGGCGCAAUUGCCGCCUCUACUAACUGGACCAUGACCGGCUACUACAGGGACUUCAACUUGACCAGCGUCCCUCCAGAAGAGUACAAGAACCUUCUGCCCCUGGUCCUGAACUACCUGACUCCGCCCGUGGUCUCCUUCUUCGGCCUGGGCGCCGUGUCUGCCGCCGUGAUGUCUUCCACGGAUUCCAUUAUUCUGUCCAUGAGCUCACUGUUUGCCCACAAUGUGUACCGUCCACUGAGGCAAUUUUUGGGAUGCGGGAGGAAGGCGUCUGAACGCGAAGUGACAUGGGUGUUAAGGAUAUCAGUGGUUGUGUACGGUGCUCUGGCCACUUUAAUGGCCAUCACCAUGAACUCCGUGUACGCGCUGCUCUUCAUCUGCUCGGACGCUAUCUACGUUAUCUUGUUCCCGCAGCUGACCUGUGUGCUGUUCUUUAAGAAGUGCAACGUGUAUGGAUCCGCCAUUGGCUACGUGUUAGGCUGGAUUCUUCGUCUUGGAGCCGGAGAGAGUACUUUUGGAAUCCCAACGUUUAUAUACUUCCCUUGGUAUGAUUACGAAAACAACAUCCAGCGUUUCCCUUUCAAACUUUUAAUUGUCAUUAUUACUUUCCCCACAAUUAUCUUGUUCUCAUUACUCUUCGACUUACUCAUCAGAAAAGAAAUAAUCCCCGAUUUCCUGUCUUGUUGUCUGGCGGAAACUGAAGCAGACGACACGUCCAACAAGGAGCGGGAAGGAACCAAAGAUCUUUCAGAACGGGAAACCAAAGACAUACAUAAACCUAGAGACAGUGACGUAGUAGGUUUGAGAUUUAGAAAAAUGGACACAGCCGACGUAGAUUUUCAUUUUGAAGACCCCAAGCGCACGUCUGGGAUUUGGGAAAUUAGAACUCCGGCAGCCGUUGAGGGACGGGAAGCCAUGACUCUGAACAGUGAUAACGCAGGCCGAGAAAGUGGCACCGCGGAGGUACCCUCUACCAGGAUAUCAGAUUGAUUUUUUUUGGUCACUAGAUAUUCACAAAUAUACCUCUGGUUUAUUCAUGAUUCUAUUCCCUGCUGUGUGGGGCUUUAAAACAUAAUCUCUUCUUCUGAUUGUGAUAUUUGGCGAUAAAUAAAUAAGCUUUAUUACAUUU